AUGUCUGUUUUCCUAAUACCAGAGGGGGUGAUUACAGAGAUAAGGAGAGCUAUUGCAAGCUUUUGGUGGGGACAACAGAAGGAGGAGAGGAGAAUCCCAUGGCGAGCCUGGCAUAAACUCUGCAAGCCAAAAGUGGAGGGAGGGAUGAGGUUUAGGGAUCAUCACUCUUUCAACAUUGCGCUAUUAGGGAAACAGGUCUGGAAUCUUAUAAACAAUCCAGAAUCCCUAGUAGCUAGAGUGUUGAAAGCCAAGUACUACCCCAAUACCGACAUUUUGCAAGCUCAGUUGGGAUCAAAUCCGAGUUAUACAUGGAGGAGUAUCCUAGCUGCUCAAAAAGCAGUAAAGGAAGGAAUCAGAUGGCGGGUGGGCAAUGGAUCAGACAUAAAUAUAUGGUCAGAUUGCUGGGUGGCAGGUGCAAAGGAAGCUAACUAUCGACUCACUACACCUAAACCAAACUCAGGGGGCCUAACAAGGGUAAUUGAUCUCAUUGAUCAUGAGAAAAGGGAGUGGCGCGAUAAUAUGUUGCAGAACUUCUUUAACAUGGAGGACAGAAUGAAAAUUCGGGCAAUUCCAAUCCAUAGGCAACCAGCUAAGGACAUCCUGGUAUGGAGCAUGGAGCGAAAAGGGUGCUACACUGUUAAAUCGGCCUACAGUCAGCUGAUCAAGAAGAGGGACACAACAGUCUUCCAAGAAGAAACAACAGCGGAAGGGGAAGAAAAGGUUGGAGAUCAAAAUUAUGAAGUCUAUGAUCCCAUGGACUGGGCUAGACUCUGGAAACUGAUGAUUCCACCAAAAAUCAAGAUAUUUCUAUGGAGACUAGCGCAUGAAAUUCUACCAACAAACAAGAACAUUGAGUCAAGGAAUAAAGAGGCGGCAGUGGAAUGCCCUUUUUGUCACUUGGAAGAAACUCAUAAUCAUAUUUUUAGGGAAUGCCAGUGGGCGAUUCGCAUCUGGAGCUCGUCAUCUUUCAGACCCCUGUUUGAAUUAGAACCAAAUCUAUCAUCCAGUAGUUGGUUAUGUGCAGUUAUGGAUCAAGUUGAGGACGAAGUGCUGGAGAAAUUAGGCAUCAUACUAUGGUCAAUUUGGAACGAACGAAACAAUAAGAUGUUCAACAGGAAGAAAGCGGAGGAGUGGAAAGUGGUUGGUCGAGCCCUAAAUUACUGGGAGGAAUACAAAGCACAACACAAAUUGAAAAAGGAGGAAGGACCAAAGUGGAAACAUACCUGGGAAAAGCCUCCAGCAGGCUGGGUGAAGAUGAAUGUUGACGCGGCGGUGCUCGAGGAAGGAGGAAUUGGCCUCAGAGCGGUGGCAAGGGAAGCAGAUGGGGGUUUCCUCUUCGCAGCUGUGAGACGAGAAAGAAUCCGUUGGGAACCCGAAUUCUCGGAGCUCCGAGCCAUUAUCUUCGGACUGCAGAUGGCGGGGGAGCAGCAGCUUCGGCCAACGGUGGUUGAGAGCGAUUGUCUCGCUGCUAUUCAACAAAUCCAGGCGAAGGAAAUGACGCGACUGGAAGGGGAAGUGAUGGUUCGAGAAGUGCAAGAGAAGGCGCAGGAGAUGGGCUAG